UGUUAGAAAGCUCUGCGUUCUUUUCCCUCCCUUCAAAUUCUCCGAAUGCUCACAGUGAAAUUCAUAUCAUAUUCAAGGUUAUCGAUAUAACGCCCUCUAGUUGUAAACUUUUAGAACAGCACAACUCUCGUAAUUUGAUUAUUAGAACAUAGAAUAACGGAAAAUCUUAUUUUAAUUGCGGUCAUAAUUUUCGCCAGUCUGUUAUUCCAUUUCCUUUCGAUGCAAAGUAAAAAUGACCGAUUCAUUACGCUGUCGCCAUAUUGUUAUUAAUUUGGAAAUCGAAAAUGCAAUGAUAUUGCACAAAUUCUAUGAUGGCGCGAUAAUUUUUAAAUGGCCGAUGACUGAAAUUGAAUGGCUUUUACUAUUUCACUUGUCUGAUGGUAAGUCAUUUAUCAAACUAGGAAAUUUGGAUGGAUCUAGUAAUGUGUUCUUAAAUGGAGAAAUCUGUGUUCUAAUCAAUAACGAAAACAAACACUUAUUGGAACGAUUUGAGUUCUGUUUUCAGAAGCAAAUUAUGAAAAUAGUUGACGUAUCAGCCACGAAAAAUAUCCUUCUGCGGUUAGAAAAUGAGAGGAUAAAUAAUUCCUUGAAACUACGCAUUCGUUUAUGGUUCACUGGUUCAUUGAAAUCUUUGCCUGUGCAUUUUAACUUCAUAACCAAAAGCAUUGAACAAAUAUGUGCUUUUAAUUGGACUAUCCAAAGUUGUACUGAUAAAAAUGGAAGGCUUUGUUUCACUGAUUAUUGCAAGGAUGUACCAAGACAGUUUAAGAAUUUUACGAACGCACAGACCUUUUGCCUGAGUAUUAAAUUGCAUUUUAUUGAUUUGCAGGAACCGGGAGCAAGAAUGAAAUUGGUUGUGCAUAAAAGGCAGGGCAAUGCAGCAAAUUUCUUCGUGAAGUGUAAAUUUAAUGCUGUUGAUGGACAGAAUUCGAUACCUUUAGAAUUUAAUUGGACACUAUGGAACGGUAAGGAAAUUAGUCAAUGGUUUGAUACCGUGAUAACUAAAAGAAUUGAAAGCGUUUAUUUACAGUCUGGAAAACUUUUUCUGCGUGGCGAAUUAUUUGUACUUUCACCUUGUCCUAUAACCGUCGAUAACGCUUCUAGCUUUACAGAUCCAGCUCUUUUUUGUGCCUCAAACUAUAUUUCUGACCGAACUCCCAGCGACGUAGUUUUGCGAUCUGGUGGCGAUACAUAUCCAUGUCACAAAAUGGUGCUUUGCGACAAAUCUCCAGUAUUUAUGGCUAUGUUCGACAAUGAAACAAUUGAGAAAGAAAGUGGUAUAGUGGAUAUUUUGGACAUCGAUUCUCGUGUUUUGUCACUGUUUUUAUCCACGCUUUACUCUGGCGAGCUUGGGGACGUUAAUUGGGAAUCUGCCGUUGAGUUGUAUGCCGUCGCCGACAAGUAUGCAGUACCCGAAGUCGUAAAAAAGUGUCAAGACUUUCUCAAGAAAAUUAUAUCGUUGGAAAAUGUGUGUAAAAUUAUGAAACUUGCUGAUGAUUAUCAAGAUAAUGAAUUGCUGGAACUAACUAAACUCUUUUUUAUGGAUAAUCCGAAAGCGAUUGUUCGUUCAACGCAAUGGCUGGAAUUAAUGGACAGUAAUGUUAAUUUGGCCGCUAAUUUUAUGAGAGUUGCUAUAUUAAAAGCUGAAGUGGAUUAAGAAAUACUUAGGUAAAUGCUUGAUGGUUGUUGGACCUCAGAUUCCAAGUACUACUAUUUGAAUUGUUUGGAGAUGUGUGUUUUUACUUUCUACCUACAAGGUCUGGAAAAAAAAUUUUUUUUUACGAGGAAGUUAAAAAAAAAUCUUAGUUUGUUUAC